GUUACUCUUUCACGGGGUUCCCAGCUUCCGGGUAGGUGGGUGCCGGCGCUCCACCGUCCGCCUCUCACCGCGGCUUUCCUUGUGCCCGCGGACACUCGCCCCGCAGCCCCCCUGCUCCCGGAGCUGCUGCUGUGGGUCGCACGCCUCCACCGGCGACAGACCCAUGGCCGAGCGUGGGGAACUUGACCUGACCGGCGCCAAACAGAACACCGGAGUGUGGCUGGUCAAGGUUCCUAAAUAUUUGUCACAGCAAUGGGCUAAAGCCCCUGGAAGAGGUGAAGUCGGGAAACUGCGGAUUGCCAAGAAUCAAGGAAGGACUGAGGUGUCAUUUACUUUGAAUGAGGAUCUUGCAAAUAUUCAUGAUAUUGGCGGAAAACCAGCUUCAGUCAGUGCUCCUAGAGAACAUCCAUUUGUCUUGCAAAGUGUUGGAGGACAAACAUUAACAGUAUUUACUGAGAGCUCAUCAGAUAAGCUUUCAUUGGAAGGAAUAGUGGUACAAAGAGCUGAAUGCCGACCUGCUGCAAGUGAAAACUACAUGAGAUUAAAGAGAUUGCAGAUAGAAGAAUCUUCUAAACCUGUACGGCUAUCACAACAACUGGACAAAGUUGUGACAACCAAUUACAAACCUGUUGCCAAUCAUCAAUACAAUAUUGAAUAUGAAAGGAAAAAGAAAGAAGAUGGAAAACGAGCUCGAGCUGAUAAACAAUAUGUUUUAGACAUGCUAUUUUCGGCUUUUGAGAAACAUCAGUAUUAUAAUCUUAAGGACUUGGUGGACAUCACAAAACAGCCUGUGGUGUACCUGAAGGAAAUCUUAAAAGAAAUUGGUAUUCAAAAUGUAAAAGGGAUCCACAAAAACACAUGGGAGCUGAAGCCAGAGUACAGACAUUAUCAAGGAGAAGAAAAGAGUGAUUAAGAAGACUAAGCCAGCUUGCUAACAGAACAACUAAGGGUGAUGUGUUAAGCAUACAGCAUUGAUACUUGAACUUGAGCACCAUCUGUUAUAGGGGUAAAAUGACUGAUACUUUAAUUUCUCUAGGUAGAUUUUUUAAACAAUAAUUCUUAAAAAGUUACUUAAGUGUUUUUUUGAGAAGAAAUAACAAAUUUAUUUAUAGACUUGUAUUAAACCAGAUUAUUCAUGAUGGGAUUAGGAGUUGGGAAUUAAGAGAUUCUGUAAUUAAAGCAAAUCAAGGAAAAAACUUCAUUGAGAUAAAUAUUUUUCUGUAUUAUUUGAUUUUUUUAACAGAACACCAGAAUGCUGAGGUUGAGUACCACUGCACUAGGAAAAUUUUUACCCUUGCAUUCCUGUUAUAAAGUAACAUGCUGAUUAAGAAAGGUGAUCCCAUUCGCGGCCCUGCAUCUAGUUGUCUUAUCCUACAUUAUUCUGGUACAGGAACAAAAUCUGUUUUCCCAUUUCCUUCCAGUUCCUAAUUAUUUGAGACUCAGUGUCAAGAAGCAGAUGGAUAAUGGUGUGGUAAAUCUGUAUAGAACUGGGAAUUCUGGAUGCCCCUCAUGCUUGAUUUGUAGCAUAUAUCUUGUCUCUUUAUGUAUGGACAUCCCUGAAACACACCUGUGUCUUCUACCACUGCCUUUGGUUUUUGUGGUGACAGUGCCUGCCAGAUGGAGCAUUUCCAGGGCAGAGCUAUAUGUCAUUUAAAGCUAUGCUUUGGUAUUUCUACAAACCUGGGGGUUUUUUCACCUUUUCCUCAUCACACCUGACAGUAUCUGCUUGCGUCUUAAACACUUAGUUUGAAUCUCUUAAACACCUGUUACCUUUUCAAUAGGAUAGCUAAUCUAUGUGGUAGACUGGUGUCAUUCCUGAUUAAUUUUUUGGAACAGCUUUCUUAGUACUAAAAUAUGGCUGUUGGUCAUGGAAGAGACUCCGUUCCACCUGGGUUUCCACAUUCUUUUAAUUCAGGACUCUCUUGCUCUGAUAAACGUGCUUUUGACGGCCAAAAAUCAGGAAUUAGAAAUCCUAAACCCUGUAAACCUCUGUGGGAUUGAGAGGAAGGCUGAUAUACAUUUGGUAAGAUGACACAUCAUAAGAGGACAGGAAGGCCAUAUUUAAUAGAUGAGAUUGUUCAACUCAACCAGCACAUGGGAUGUUUUAACUGUCAAAAUGUAGUAAGAUUAUGGUUGCUGGGCAUUGGAAAGAUUUGAAAUUACAUGUUACCACAGUAACUUCUAAAGUGAUAUAUCUUAAAAAAGAAAACAGGGUUUGUUCUGUUGUAUCAUAAGCAGCUCUUUUGGAUUUCAGCAGAGUUGAAGUUCUUAAUGGUAUGCGAACAAAUUUUUUUUUUAAAGCAUAUUGUCGUUGGUACAUAUCAGUGAAAUAAGAGUAAACACUUUUCAGGUCCUG